AUCGUUCAUUCUGAGCACGCCUACUACUUCCGGGCUCCGAGUCUUUCAAGUUCAGCAGAAAUAAUGUCUGUCGCCAAAACGCAGCUCGCAAGCACGGAGUCUGAGCGUGAGGCUGCGACGGAUACCUUGAAGCACGAUACCAAAGUAUGGUUCGACGAUGGGAACUCGGUGAUUAUCGCAGAAGACACCGCCUUUCGAGUACACCGUGGUGUGCUAUCGUUGCACUCGGAGUGUUCCGCGACAUGUUUGGGAUCGCUUCACCUGACGACGGUGAAACCAUUGAAGGAUGUCCUGUCGUGCGGGUCUCUGAUGCAGCGAGUGGCAUGCGUAAUAUUCUAUGGGUCGUGUACACCGGUAGAACCUUCACCGAAACUGAAUCAUCAGUCCAAUUCGCAGACGCCGCGGUUCUGCUUCGCCUAGCGCAUAAGUAUGAUUUUGACAAGGUUCGCGACGACGCUCUUGCCAGGAUCAAGACUCUGUAUACCGACAACUUCCAAAACUUCGUGGAUCAGUCACCUGGAUCGCAUCCGCUGCUGUCUCACAAAUGGCAGGAUGCGUUCGAGGCGGUGCAGCUGGCACGUCUCACCAACACGAAGUCGAUACUCCCCGUUGCACUCUACUUUUGCUGCAAGACCCAGUUCUUCAAUGACGCAACUGCCAUCAGCAGACUCUGUGCAGGGACUGACACCAGCCAGGCGGAUGUCCACAUGGCCGACGACGAUAUCUUACGCUGCCUUGUCGCUCGUCCCCGGCUUAUACAAGCCAGAAUCCAGGUGCUAUGUUCCACGUUCGCAAAGAACCCGGGUCCACGCUGUGAUAGGGACGAUUGCCGCGAGUAUCACGACCUUACCAUUGACACUAUUGUCAUAUGCCAAAGCAGCCCCUCGUACCGAUCUCUCGACGUGGAUUGCUUGACAUCAUGCUUGGAUGAUGAGGAAAUACAAUCGGUCACGGACUACUUCCACUUCUGUGACAUCUGCCAGAAGUUCUUCAAGGAACGAGACCUUGCAGCACGGCAAUCCGUCUGGAAACAACUGCCGGGCUACUUUGGUUUGGACAUAGCAGGAUGGGAGUAAGAGGAUACCAGUACAAACCGGCAUGCACGUGAGUGAAGUUCCAGCUGGCAUCACGACGCUCUCUUCGCCCACCCAAGACACCUUGGCCCUGCCGUACCUCCUCGUCUGAGCUGUUCGACAUGAUCUCGUUGUCGCGUGCAAGGGCGGCUGAGUACAGUGCCAUGUCCGGUGGGGGUACGCCCUCGGGUCCGCUAUAAGCCAUCGAACCUUGGGCCAGGACCACAGUGACACGUCUUGGAUGGAAGAAGUG